CUAUGAAUGUAACAACUACAAGAAAAGACCUCAUGAUAGUCAAUAUGGGACCUCACCACCCAUCAAUGCAUGGUGUUCUUCGGCUCAUCCUUACUCUAGAUGGUGAAGAUGUUAUUGAUUGUGAACCAAUAUUGGGUUAUUUACACCGAGGAAUGGAAAAAAUUGCGGAAAAUCGAACAGUUAUACAAUAUCUACCUUAUGUAACACGUUGGGAUUAUUUAGCUACUAUGUUCACAGAAGCAAUAACAGUAAAUGGACCAGAACAGUUGGGAAAUAUUCAAGUACCUAAAAGAGCCAGUUAUAUCAGAGUAAUUAUGUUAGAGUUGAGUCGUAUAGCUUCUCAUCUGUUAUGGCUUGGCCCCUUUAUGGCAGAUAUUGGUGCACAGACUCCUUUUUUCUAUAUUUUCAGAGAAAGAGAAUUAGUAUAUGAUCUAUUCGAAGCUGCCACCGGUAUGAGAAUGAUGCAUAAUUAUUUUCGUAUCGGAGGAGUAGCGGCCGAUCUACCUUAUGGAUGGAUAGAUAAAUGUUUGGAUUUCUGUGAUUAUUUUUUAACAGCGGUUUCUGAAUAUCAAAAACUUAUUACGCGAAAUCCUAUUUUUUUAGAACGAGUUGAGGGGGUAGGCAUUAUUGGUCCAGAAGAAGCAAUAAAUUGGGGUUUAUCGGGACCAAUGCUACGAGCUUCCGGAAUCCAAUGGGAUCUUCGUAAAGUUGAUCAUUAUGAAUGUUACGACGAAAUGGAUUGGGAAAUCCAUUGGCAAAAAGAAGGGGAUUCAUUAGCUCGCUAUUUAGUCCGAAUCGGUGAAAUAACGGAAUCUAUAAAAAUUAUCCAACAGGCCCUGGAAGGAAUUCCAGGGGGGCCCUAUGAGAAUUUAGAAACCCGGUGCUUUGCUAGAGAAAGGGAUCCCGAAUGGAAUGAUUUUGAAUACCGAUUCAUUAGUAAAAAACCUUCUCCUACUUUUGAAUUGCCGAAGCAAGAACUUUAUGUAAGAGUUGAAGCCCCAAAGGGAGAAUUGGGAAUUUUUUUAAUAGGAGAUCAGAGUGGUUUUCCUUGGAGGUGGAAAAUUCGUCCACCUGGUUUUAUCAAUUUGCAAAUUAUUCCUCAGUUAGUUAAAAGAAUGAAAUUGGCCGAUAUUAUGACAAUACUAGGUAGCAUAGAUAUCAUUAUGGGAGAAGUUGACCGUUAAAAUGAUAAUUGAUACAACAGAAGUACAAGAUAUAAAUUCUUUUUCUAGAUUAGAAUCUUUAAAAGAAGUCUAUGGAAUCAUAGGGAUGUUUUUACCUAUUUUGACUCUUGUAUUGGGAAUCACAAUAGGUGUACUCGUAAUUGUGUGGUUAGAAAGAGAAAUAUCUGCAGGAAUACAACAACGUAUUGGUCCCGAAUACGCCGGUCCUUUGGGAAUUCUUCAAGCUUUAGCAGAUGGCACAAAACUUAUUUUCAAAGAGAAUCUUUUUCCAUCUAGAGGAGAUAUUCGUUUAUUCAGUAUAGGACCAUCCAUAGCAGUUAUAUCCAUUUUACUAAGUUAUUCAGUAAUUCCUUUUAGUUAUCACUUUGUUUUAUCUGAUCUCAAUAUCGGUGUUUUUUUAUGGAUUGCCAUUUCCAGUAUUGCUCCCAUUGGACUUCUUAUGUCAGGAUAUGGAUCAAAUAAUAAAUAUUCUUUUUUAGGUGGUCUACGAGCCGCUGCUCAAUCGAUUAGUUAUGAAAUACCAUUAACUCUUUGUGUAUUAUCAAUAUCUCUACUAUCUAACAGUUCAAGUACAGUUGAUAUAGUUGAGGCCCAGUCCAAAUAUGGUUUUUGGGGAUGGAAUUUGUGGCGUCAACCUAUAGGGUUUUUCGUUUUUCUAAUUUCUUCCCUAGCAGAAUGCGAGAGAUUACCUUUUGAUUUACCAGAAGCAGAAGAAGAAUUAGUAGCAGGUUAUCAAACCGAAUAUUCGGGUAUCAAAUUUGGGUUAUUUUACGUUGCUUCCUAUCUAAAUCUAUUAGUUUCUUCGUUAUUUGUAACAGUUCUUUACUUAGGGGGUUGGAAUAUCUCUAUUCCUUAUAUAUUCGUUCCCGAGCUAUUUGAAAUAAAUAAAGUAGGUAGAGUGUUUGGAACGACAAUUGGUAUUUUUAUUACAUUAGCUAAAACUUAUUUGUUCUUGUUUAUUUCUAUCACAACAAGAUGGACUUUACCUAGACUAAGAAUAGACCAAUUAUUAAAUCUUGGAUGGAAAUUUCUUUUACCCAUUUCCCUCGGUAAUCUAUUAUUAACAACUUCUUUCCAACUCAUUUCAUUGUAAAGGAAAAAAAAGGAAUAGGAUAUUCUAGAUUUACGACUUCUCUCAAAUAUCAAACAAGAGAAAGAAACAAACAUAAAAUUAUUCAUAGAUCUUUACGAUAUGUUCCCUAUGGUAACUGGGUUCAUGAAUUACGGUCAACAAACAGUACGAGCCGUAAGGUACAUUGGUCAGGGGUUCAUGAUUACCUUAUCCCACGCAAAUCGUUUACCUGUAACUAUUCAAUAUCCUUAUGAAAAAUUAAUUACAUCCGAGCGUUUUCGCGGCCGAAUCCAUUUUGAAUUUGAUAAAUGCAUUGCUUGUGAAGUAUGUGUUCGUGUAUGUCCUAUAGAUCUACCUGUUGUUGAUUGGAAAUUGGAAACUGGUAUACGAAAGAAACGCUUGCUUAAUUACAGUAUUGAUUUCGGAAUUUGUAUUUUUUGUGGUAACUGUGUUGAAUAUUGUCCAACAAAUUGUUUAUCAAUGACUGAAGAAUAUGAACUUUCUACUUAUGAUCGUCACGAAUUGAAUUAUAAUCAAAUCGCUUUGGGUCGUUUACCAAUGUCAGUAAUUAACGAUUAUACAAUUCGAACAAUUUCGAAUUCGUAAUAAUAAAAUAAAAAAAAAAUGUGAAACCCCUUUAAUUAAAGAGGAAUCUCCACCAAUUAGUAAGGUUCAAUUUGAUCUAAUCUACAGGAAUGAGUUCUUUCUUUUUUUUUUUUUUUGUCAAUAACUAAAAAUUCCAAUUAACUGUUGAUUAGUUGGUAAGAAGUGCGAUUCAAGUUGGAUUGAAAAUUGAAUCUAAUAAUAGAAUUUGAGUUUUGAGCUAAAUUACCCUUUUCUUUGGUGUAAAUCUUUUGGGUAAAGAGAAAACCAUAUUCUAUUGGUCCACUAAUUGGACCUAGACCCAUUUUAAAUCCAUUCGAUUAGAAUUAAAUGCAAUUAGGAGCAUAUCCUAAAAAAAUUCAAAAAUUCCUUGUCAGGUCAAUAAAAUCAUGAAAAACAUUUCAAUUUAUUUCUCUUUUACAUAUAAUAAUGGAUUUGCCUGGACCAAUACAUGAUUUUCUUUUAGUUUUUCUGGGAUCAGGUCUUAUAUUAGGAAGUUUAGGAGUGGUAUUACUUACCAAUCCAAUUUAUUCUGCCUUUUCUUUGGGAUUGGUUCUUGUUUGUAUAUCCUUAUUUUAUAUUCUAUCAAACUCCCAUUUUGUAGCGGCUGCGCAGCUCCUUAUUUAUGUAGGAGCUAUAAACGUUUUAAUUCUAUUUGCUGUGAUGUUCAUGAAUGGUUCAGAAUAUUACAAAGAUUUGAAUCUUUGGACUGUUGGAGAUGGGAUUACUUCGUUGGUUUGUACAAGUAUUUUGGUUUCACUAAUGACUACUAUUUUAGAUACGUCUUGGUACGGGAUUAUCUGGACGACAAAGUCAAACCAGAUUAUCGAGCAAGAUUUGAUAGGGAAUAGUCAACAAAUCGGAAUUCAUUUAUCAACAGAUUUUUUUCUUCCAUUUGAACUCAUUUCCAUAAUUCUUUUAGUUGCUUUGAUAGGUGCAAUUGCUGUUGCUCGUCAAUGAUAAAUUUUUAUAACUAUUUACUAGCAAUCAAAAUUUAACUUUGUUUUCUGUUAUCAAAUCCAUUUAUCUUCAAUUCUAUUUGAAAACUGUUCAUGUAGAAAAUAGAAAUUCUUUAUUUUGAUCCAUUACCAAAUAUCAAUCUAUUCCUUUGUUUUGUACUUGUUAUAUUAUAGUCAAUUGAAUACGUUGAAUUCUUGUUCAUAUUGAAAUGAAUCAAAAUUAAUAAGGAGCUGGUCAAUGAUACUCGAACAUGUACUUGUUUUGAGUGCUUAUUUAUUUUCUAUUGGUAUCUAUGGAUUGAUCACGAGUCGAAAUAUGGUUAGAGCCCUUAUGUGUCUUGAACUUAUCCUCAAUGCGGUUAAUAUAAAUUUCGUAACAUUUUCAGAUUUUUUUGAUAGUCGACAAUUAAAAGGAGAUAUUUUCUCCAUUUUUGUUAUAGCUAUUGCAGCCGCCGAAGCAGCUAUUGGAUUAGCUAUUGUUUCGUCAAUUUAUCGUAACAGAAAAUCAACUCGUAUCAAUCAAUCGAAUUUGUUGAAUAAAUGAAUAAAUAAGUAGUAUUAAUUAUAUAUUAUUAAUUAUAGAAAUCAGAAUAUUCAUCAAUUCAAAUUAGCACGUAUAAUACGUAGGUUUGAGAAAAACGUAAGAAAUCAAAGUAUCUUGGGCCGAUCUCAUGACUCGAUCCGGAAUUCGAUUGAUUAGAAAAAUUAUGGUAAAAUCCAUUGAAUCAUCUAGUGUCUAAAUAUAUGAUACAUUUACAAGUUUACUAGAUCGAAAAUUGAUGAUAUUCAAAAACUUAUAGAUCCGAUGUCACAUUCAGUAAAGAUUUAUGAUACAUGUAUAGGAUGUACUCAAUGUGUGCGAGCCUGCCCAACAGAUGUAUUAGAAAUGAUACCAUGGGAUGGAUGUAAAGCUAAGCAAAUUGCUUCUGCUCCAAGAACGGAGGACUGUGUUGGUUGUAAGAGAUGUGAAUCCGCCUGUCCAACAGAUUUUUUGAGCGUUCGAGUUUAUUUAUGGCAUGAAACAACUCGAAGCAUGGGUCUAGCGUAUUAAUACGUUCCAGAAAAAACCACGUAAAUACAUUUUGAAUACAAUUCAUUUUUUUUACCGACAAAAACCCGUGCUCGAAAAUAGAUAAUAUAUUAUUCUUUUUUCUUUAUCGAGUACGGGUUUUUUUUGUCUAAGUGUAUCUUGUCUUUACCACGAAUUAUUUUCCUUGGUUAACAAUAAUUGUACUUUUGCCGAUAUUCGCAGGUUCUUUAAUUUUCUUUCUACCUCAUAGAGGAAAUAAGGUAAUAAGGUGGUAUACUAUAUGUAUAUGCUUAUUAGAACUCCUUUUAACUACCUAUACAUUCUUUUAUCAUUUCCAAUUGAAUGAUCCAUUAACCCAACUAACAGAGGAUUAUAAAUGGAUUCAUUUUUUUGAUUUUUACUGGAGAUUGGGAAUAGAUGGACUUUCUAUAGGACCUAUUUUACUGACGGGAUUUAUCACCACUUUAGCUACUUUAGCGGCUCGGCCAGUUACUCGAGAUUCCCGAUUAUUCCAUUUCCUGAUGUUAGCAAUGUACAGCGGUCAAAUAGGAUCAUUUUCUUCUCGAGACCUUUUACUUUUUUUCAUCAUGUGGGAGUUAGAAUUAAUUCCCGUUUAUCUACUUCUAUCGAUGUGGGGGGAAAGAAACGUCUAUAUUCCGCUACAAAAUUUAUUUUGUACACUGCGGGAGGUUCCAUUUUUCUAUUAAUAGGGGUUCUGGGUAUUGGUUUAUAUGGUUCCAACGAACCAACAUUAAAUUUGGAAACAUUAGCUAAUCAAUCGUAUCCGGUGGCACUGGAAAUACUAUUCUAUAUUGGAUUUCUUAUUGCUUUUGCUGUUAAAUUACCGAUUAUACCCUUACAUACAUGGUUACCAGACACCCAUGGAGAGGCACAUUAUAGUACUUGUAUGCUUCUAGCCGGAAUUUUAUUAAAAAUGGGAGCAUAUGGGUUGGUUCGGAUCAAUAUGGAAUUAUUACCUCAUGCUCAUUCUAUAUUUUCUCCCUGGUUGAUUAUAGUAGGCGCAAUCCAAAUAAUCUAUGCAGCUUUAACAUCUCUUGGUCAACGUAAUUUAAAAAAAAGAAUAGCCUAUUCCUCUGUAUCUCAUAUGGGUUUCAUAAUUAUUGGAAUUGGCUCGAUAACUGAUACGGGACUCAAUGGAGCCAUUUUACAAAUAAUCUCUCAUGGAUUUAUUGGCGCUGCUCUUUUUUUCUUGGCAGGAACGAGUUAUGAUAGAAUACGUCUUGUUUAUCUCGACGAAAUGGGUGGAAUGGCUAUCCACCUUCCAAAAAUAUUCACGAUGUUCAGUAUCUUAUCAAUGGCUUCCCUUGCAUUACCGGGUAUGAGUGGUUUUCUUGCAGAAUUGAUAGUAUUUUUUGGAAUAAUUACCAGCCAACAAUAUCUUUUAAUGCCAAAAAUACUAAUUACUUUUGUAAUGGCAAUUGGAAUGAUAUUAACUCCUAUUUAUUUAUUAUCUAUGUUACGCCAAAUGUUCUAUGGAUACAAGUUAUUUAAUGUUCCAAACUCUUAUUUUUUUGAUUCUGGGCCGCGAGAGUUAUUUGUUUCCAUCUCGAUCCUUCUACCAAUAAUAGCUAUUGGUAUUUAUCCAGAUUUCGUUCUCUCGCUAUCUGUUGACAAGGUCGAAGCUAUUCUAUCUAAUUAUUUUUAUCAAUAGUUUUCAUCAAUAAAA